AUGUCAGAUUAUGAUGAACCUAAAACGCCUUUUCAAGAAUUUCAAACACCAGAGCAAGAAUCUAAGUCUCAACAAGGCGAAAUCGCUAAAACCACAAGGAAGAGAACGCUUGAUGAAGACGAAGAUGAAGAUCCGGAAAACCAAUGCUCGAAACUAGAUGUUGUCGCCAAAAAAAGUACAGCGAGGAAACUUGAAUUUGAGCGAACAGAGGAAGAAGCAGUGGAGAAAGAAGAUGGUGUCGCCAAAAAACCAACAGCGAGGAAGCUUGAAUUUGAGCGAUCAGCGGAAGAAGAUGAUGCAUUGCCCUUAGCAUGUUCCAUUUGCAGAAAACCAUUCUUGGAUCCGAUUGUAACAAGAUGCUAUCAUUACUUCUGCAAGCAUUGCGCUCUAAAGCAUCACGAGAAGAACGUUAACUGCUUCGUGUGUGACAAGCCAACUCUAGGGUUUUUCAAAACAGCCGUGAAGGUCAAGAAAAAGAUAGCUAAACUCGAUGAGUUCUCUGUAGCCAUGGUGAAGGAGGUGUCAACAAUGGUGGCAAAGGCAGCGGUUAUGAUGAAGAACGCCAAUGCCAUGUCGGCAGAGUCGGCGGAAAUCGUGGAAGAGGUUGAAACAAUGGUGGAGAUGGUGGAGACGUACGGGGCAGAGUCGGCGGAAGAUCCAUCUUCGUGGGAUUCGGUUGUGAGAAUGGUGGAAAAUAUGGAGGAGGCGGCGGCGGACGCGAGGGAGAUGGCGGAGAAGGCGGCGGAAAUGAUUCAAGUAGCGAAUGCCACGACGGAGACGGCAAGGGCAGCGAUGGCUAAGGCGUUGAUGGUGAUGAAGAAGGUCAAGUGGAAUCGCUAG